AUAGGUUUUGAUUUUACAAGAUGAACCUUACUCUGUUUCGACUUACCAGUUUAUCAAUUUACUCCCAGAGUCAUGCGCUAAUAUUUGGGGGAUGAUUGACGCAUCCUGGGACGAGCAUCCAUUGUCUUCCAUGAGAUUGGAGUAGCUGCUACUAUGAAGUUUGUCAGAAGCUGUAAAUAACGAUUAGCGACUACUCUGUGAUCGAUUAUAUAUUACUGCGAUGUGGAGGAAGUCUGUGAAUUCGAGUUUCUCUUUGAGGAUCUUCUCGCCCUCUUCCUGGAGUAACCCUAAUUGCACGUCCUUCUCCUCCUCAAUUUCUUCUUCUUUGUCUUCGUCUUCGUCUUCGUCUUCGUCUUCGUCUUCUUCUUCCUUCUUCGCCGCCAACGGCGUCGUUUCGUCUCCUCUCUUUUUGUCUCAUCCCUUCUAUUCCUCAUCAUCGUCAUCAUCUGAGUCCGCAUCAAAGUUUGCGCUCGUCAGAUCCGAUGGUAUUCGUGCCUUUGCUUCUUCAGCUGCUUCUGCUGUUGACGUUUCAUCGAGAGCCAAGGUUACGGCAGAACUGGUUCGUCACUAUGCUCGAUGUUACUGGGAGCUCUCCAAAGCUCGCCUCAGCAUGCUAGUUGUUGCAACUUCCGGGACUGGAUAUGUUCUUGGGAGUGGGAAUGCAGUUGAUUUUGCAGGACUUUGCUGGACAUGUGCUGGUACCAUGAUGGUUGCUUCCUCUGCCAACACCAUGAACCAGGUGUUUGAGGUAAAUAAUGAUGCCAAGAUGAAGAGAACAAUGGGGAGACCUUUACCUUCAGGACGGAUUACUGUACGUCACGCUGUUACUUGGGCAUCUAUUGUUGGUUGUACUGGAACUGCUCUACUGGCGAGCAAGGCUAAUAUGUUGGCAGCUGGGCUUGGAGCAUCUAAUCUUAUUCUUUAUGCCUUUAUCUACACUCCAUUGAAGCAGAUUCACCCAAUCAAUACAUGGGUUGGGGCUGUUGUUGGUGCUAUUCCACCCCUGCUUGGGUGGGUUGCUGCUUCUGAUCAGGUUUCCCUAAAUGGAAUGAUACUUCCGGCUGCUCUUUACUUUUGGCAAAUUCCCCAUUUUAUGGCACUUGCAUACUUGUGCCGAAGUGAUUAUGCUGCUGGAGGGUUCAGGAUGUUCUCACUUACUGAUGCUUCUGGCCAAAGAACUGCUGCAGUGGCCCUGAGGAAUUGCCUAUAUCUGGUCCCUUUAGGAUACUUUGCUUAUGAUUGUGAGUCAGUUUACUGAUUACUUCCUCAAAUUGCUAUUUCAGUUUUGCUUUUUGAAGUGACAUAGACUCUUAGUUGUAAAAUAUAUUACUAAUUUAAAAUAAUUUUGGAAAUGCAGGAAUGUUUAGAAGUA